AUGUCUAGCAAAUCCACCACGAGGAGCCAAAGCAUCAGCCACCGUGGCUUCAGUGCCAGCUCAGCCAGAGUCCCAGGGGUCUGCCGCUCUGGCUUCAGCAGUGUCUCCGUGUCCCGUUCCAGGGGCACUGGUGGCCUCGGUGGAGUGUGUGGAGGAGCUGGCUUUGGUAGCAGAAGCCUCUAUGGCCUGGGCGGCUCCAAGAGGAUCUCCAUCGGAGGGGGCAGCUGUGCCAUCAGUGGUGGAUAUGGUGGCCGAGUUGGAGGUGGCUUUGGCUAUGGAGGUGGAGCCGCCAGUGGAUUUGGUUUUGGUGGUGCAGCUGGUGGUGGCUUUGGGCUCGGUGGUGGAGCUGGCUUUGCUGGUGGCUAUGGGGGCUCUGGCUUUCCCGUGUGCCCCCCUGGAGGCAUCCAAGAAGUCACCGUCAACCAGAACCUCCUCACUCCUCUGAACCUGCAAAUUGACCCCACCAUCCAGCGAGUGAGGACUGAGGAGCGGGAGCAGAUCAAGACCCUCAACAACAAGUUUGCCUCCUUCAUCGACAAGGUGAGAUUCUUAGAACAACAGAACAAGGUCCUAGACACCAAGUGGACUCUGCUCCAGGAGCAGGGCACCAAGACCGUGAGGCAGAAUCUGGAGCCCUUGUUUGAGCAGUACAUCAACAACCUCAGGAGACAGCUGGACAGCAUCCUGGGGGAGAGGGGCCGCCUGGACACAGAGCUCAGGGGCAUGCAGGACAUGGUGGAGGACUUCAAGAACAAAUAUGAAGAUGAAAUCAACAAGCGCACAGCUGCAGAAAAUGAAUUUGUGACUCUGAAGAAGGUGAGAUGAUGAAGAUCAGGGGUACAUGUUCCUUUGUGGAAAGAGAGGACUCUUGGAUGGAAGAUCUUGGGGUUGGAUACCUCUUUAAAUGCCACAGAAAAAAUGAUCUGACGAUCUUAUGUUCUGCAGGAACUGGCUCAGAUGCAAACCCACAUCUCAGACACUUCCGUGGUCCUGUCCAUGGACAACAACCGUAACCUGGACCUGGACAGCAUCAUCGCUGAAGUCAAAGCCCAAUAUGAGGAGAUCGCUCAGAAGAGCCGGGCUGAGGCUGAGUCCUGGUACCAGAGCAAGUAUGAGGAGCUGCAGGUCACCGCAGGCAGACAUGGGGAUGAUCUGCGCAACACCAAGCAAGAGAUUGCUGAGAUCAACCGCAUGAUCCAGAGGCUGAGAUCUGAGAUUGACCAUGUCAAGAAGCAGUGUGCCAACCUGCAGUCUGCCAUUGCUGAUGCUGAGCAGCGUGGGGAGAUGGCCCUCAAGGAUGCCAAGAACAAGCUGGCUGAUCUGGAGGAUGCUCUGCAGAAGGCCAAGCAGGACAUGGCCCGGCUGCUGAAGGAGUACCAGGAGCUGAUGAAUGUCAAGCUGGCCCUGGAUGUGGAGAUUGCCACCUACAGGAAGCUGCUGGAGGGCGAGGAGUGUAGGCUGAACGGGGAAGGUGUUGGACAAGUCAACAUCUCUGUGGUGCAGUCCACCGUUUCUGGAGGCUACGGCAGCGCUGGCGGCUAUGGCAGUGCCAGCGGUGUGGGCAGUGGCCUAGGCCUGGGCGGAGGCAGCGGCUACUCCUAUGGCAGUGGCCACAGCCUGGGAGCUGGCUUCAGUUCCAGCAGUGGCAGAGGCAUUGGGGGUGGCUUCAGCUCCUCUGGGGGCAGCAGUUCCACCAUCAAAUACACCACCACCACCUCAUCCUCCAGCAGGAAGAGCUACAAGCACUAA